AGAGUCCUAGCGUAGGUGCAUUCUUUGCACAUCAACAAGACCAUCAUCAACGCAACUGCACCUCGUGCAGCUCGUAGCAGGCACAAUUUCCGUGAAAAAGUGAGUCAGCUCCCUUGUGAUUGGACUUUCAUCAUGCCGGCUUCGAAGCCGGUACUCCCGAGCGCGGCCGUCAAGCCCGCAUCUGAGCCACCGAGAAACACCGUGGACUACAUCCCCAGCAAACUGAGCUACGACACGGCGAUCCCGAUAUCUAUUUUUGAGGACCGCAGGGAGUUCGUUGAGCGCUGCAAGCCGUACGACAUCAUCGACGGCCCCAACCCCCUCGAUGACGUGCACGAGGAGACUCAGCACCACAGCGCAGACGUCGUGAGCUGCACAUCCGUUGACACCAUCAAGUCUAAAAAGUCCUCCACGCGUAGUAGCCGCAAGCGUUCGCGGUCGCCUCUCAAAGGUGGUGUGAAAGCGUACUCGGUAAAGGAGGAAAGCGACCGCGAUAGCAGCACAGCAGCGGCGGCGCCCACUUUCCCUGUCUUUACUCGCCCGUCGCGUAGUGGCUGGGCGGCGGAGCAGCUGAGAGAUGGCCGUCCGUAUCAACUGCUGCGCUCUCGCGAUAUGGAGACACACGUGCGCUACGUGUUGGACGACUACGACUAUGACUGGUGUGCCGCACAGAAGCUGCUGCCGGAGGUGGUGCAGCGCGGGAUUACCUACCUGGAAUGGGCCUACGCGUCAUCGCUCUUGACCGCCGCCACGCCACACCUCGACGACCCGGCCGUAGAAGCGAUGUCACCGUUGACCUCUUCUGGCAGCAUCGCCGGUGCUUCAGCGGAGCAGCACAACGGCUCCGUGCCCGCCUUCAGAAACGCCGGCACCAGCGGAGGCGCACGCGGGGAGGCGAACGGUGCAGGUGUCUUUUCUCCUACCACGAAUGCGAUCGCACGUUUGAAUCAAGCGAAGCGCUCGAGUGAGCGCGCGAAGCAGGCGGCGGCGGCCAACGCGUCAGCGUUUGCGUGUGCGCUGUGCUCUAAAAGCGUCUACUUGCUGUCGCAGCAGCCAAGCUCAGACGGUGCAAGUGGAAACGGUGGAAGGGGUGCUGGUCGAGGUCGCGGAGGGCGGGGCAGAGGCGCCGCGGUAGCACGUGAGGUUUCUGGUUCAAAAGCCUCCUCCCAUUCCUCCGCCGCGGGUUCGAGCGGCGCGGCAUCGAAACAUUCCACCGCCGGCAGCCCCGCGGGGUCUUUUCCCUCGCACGAUGUGCAGCAUCAAGGACUGCGGUGUUGUGAGUGCGGCGUCGUCGCGCAUCUGCGCUGUUGGUUUCUAACCGAGCCGCCGCGGCUGCCGGAGGCAUGGACGUGCGAUGCGUGCACCAACUACGCACAGCACCGUAAGCGCAGCGCCGGUGUGUGUUGCGUGUGCGGUCGUGUGGGCGGUGUGCUGCUUCCUUACGUCAGCGCCGCCGCGGCUGUGAAGGACGAGGGCGAAAGCAGCGGUAACAACAACAGCAAUAAUCACAUGAGUGGCGAGCCGUCGUCGCAAAUGCAGUCACCCAUGCACGGUGGGCUCAGCGCGACACCGGUGGCGCAGUCGGACAUGGUGUGCCACGCUGUGUGCGCCUUGACCAUGCCGGAGCUGAGCAUUCAACACAAGAGCACCGUGCUGCGGCGCAACGGACUCGUUAAUAUGGAGGAGCGUCCGUACGUGUACGCGCUGCGGCGCGUCGGGAAGCAGAAGUACGCGAUGCAUUGCAUUUUCUGCGAGCACGGCGGCACCGGUCGGUGUGUGCAGUGCCACCACCCGCACUGCUUCGAGGCGAUGCACGCCUCCUGUGCGGCGGAGGCGCACACCGUGGACUGCCACACCGACGUUUCCUUGUCCCCAUCCACCAUGUAUCCGACUGGCAGCGGCGUGCAUGGUGCGACGGUGGAGGCCAUCAGUGGCCCGUGCUCUCCUGGGGGCUUUUCGCUUCACAACAACGGUGGCACUGGUGGGGCAGCGGGUUUGACGGCGUGCUGGACGAGCUGCUCCACCUACUGUAGGAAGCACUACGGGUACUCGGUCAGCAACUCGGCGGGUUCGGCCGCCCUGGGCGACAAGGCGGAGGCCGAGGCGCUGGCGCUGGAUCUGACGGGGCUGUUAACGGGAGGGGACGGCGUGACGUCACCGGUGGUGCAGAAGCGCGGCCGUGGCCGACCGCCGGUGAUGCUCGUGCAGCAGCGCGUGGCGGAGCGGGACCUAAUCGAGCGGCUGCACGCCUACUGGCUCGAGCGUCGCGAGCAGCGGCGGCGCUCCUCUGGGCAGCUUGUCAGUGAAAUCAACGCGCGGCUGCGGCACGUCGUGGAGGCGGCGCUGCGGCCUGAAAUUGUGAAGGUGUCCGCAGACAAGGUGCGUCUCUCGCACUUUUUGAGUCUCGUGCCGGAGUGGCAGUGGCAGCUCGUGGCGAUCGUGGAGGGGGAACUGCCGCUGCCCGACGAGGAGUACGAUGACGUGCAGAAGUACCGGAAGGUGGCGCACACGCGACGCUCCGGCAACACCCGUAGUCUGUACGAUCGCAUGUCUGUUGCAGCCACGCAGUUGAAUCUGAUGUGCCGCAUUACGACGGCCAUGACGCACGAGUGCCAACUGCGGCGCACGAGCGCAGAACUGGAGCUGGACUCUCUUCGCAAGCUGUGUAUGUGGAGGUGA